AUGGGAACUAACAUUGAGUUGGAAGAAGGAUGGGUAAUCAUUCAGAAACAGAUCACAAAGCUGAUUAACAUUAUCGAAGGUGUUCCUGAAUCAUCAAUGGAUGCUUCGAUUCACGCAACUGUUUACUCUAUGUGCACUCAGAGAGAUCCGCGUGACUAUUCUGCAGAAGUUUACCACAGGUACAAAGGCGUUUAUGACGAUUACUUGAGUUCUAAAGUUUUACCAGCUAUUCAAGAGAAGAAUGAUGAUGUAUCUAUGUUGCAAGAGCUUGUUAAGAGGUGGGCUAAUCAUAAGGUUAUGGUAAGUAAACUCUGUAGAUUUUUUAAUUAUCUCGACCGUUUUUACAUUCCUCGGAGGAAACUUCCUUCGUUAAAAGAUAUUGGGUUUGGUUGCUUUCAUGAAAUUGUGCAUGAGGAUAUGAAAGUGAAAGUUAGGGAUGCUGUUAUUGUGUUGAUUAAUGAAGAACGCCAGGGGAAGGAAAUUGAUAGGGCUUUGGUCAAGGAUGUCUUAGAGAUUUUUGUUGAAAUUGGGAAUGUGAAUGACAAAGAAAAUUUGGAUUAUUAUGUUAAUGAUUUUGAAACUGCGUUUUUAACUGACAUGGUCGAUUAUUAUACUCGGAAUGGUUCUAGUGCGAUUACUGCUGUAGAAUGUUUUCGAAGGGAGAAGGAUACCAUUUCUCACUAUUUGCAUACCAGUACUGAGGAGAAGUUGUUGAAACAAGCUCAAGAUCAGGUGUUGGCUGAAAGUUCUCAACAAGCUGAAAGUUCCCAAGGUCAGGGGUUGGCUGAAAGUUCCCAAAAAGUUCUUGAAAAGGAGGAAGUGGGAAACUCCCUUCCACCUUUCAUCUAUGAACAGGGAGAACCAUUGAGGCCUUAUCACAUAGGUGUUCCCGAAGAUAAUAUUGGUGUUGUGAAGGGUGCUGGUUGUGGUGGUUUGGAUAUUACUUUGUACUAUCUAGCUGAAGUUUUUGCUGCUUUUGCGUUGCUUGAAUGA